AUGAGUCGCACGUUCAAUAAUAAGAAGAAAAUGGAAGGAAGGCAGAGAAAGCUUGAGGCAGAAAUGGAGAGGAGAAGAAAAGAGGAGGAGCUGAAGGAGAAGGAGCUAGAGGAAUACUGGUCGAUUGGAGCAAAAAAACCAGGGAGAAGAGAGAAAGAGGAGGAAAAGAGGGCUGAAAGGGAGGAAAGGAAGAGAGAGCUUAAAGAGCUGUAUGAAAAGGAAAUGAGCAGCCUGUGA